AUGUCUUUUGUUAAGUUGAUUCCAGAGGGUGUUGCCAAGAGACUCCAAAACUCAUGGUUGGAGUACAGAAAGAUUGGCCUCUACUAUGCUGAUCUUUACAACGAGACACCAGUGAUGAAGGAGGUGUUGCACAGACUUCCACCACAGACUCUCGUCGAGAGAGACAGAAGAAAGAGAAUCGCUUUCGACUGCAACGUCAAGAAGAUCUACUUGAAUGAGGAGAAGUGGUCCGAUUUGACCAGCGACAAGCAGUACACUGAUAUGAUUCACAAGAUGAUCGACCAGGUUGAGUCAGAGUUCGAGAUUCGUCGCUCCUUCAGACAAUAG